CGGCGCAAGAGAAGAUAGUACGAUGUAUUAAAUCAUAAGUAAUAUCUCAAGCUGCUGGUGUCGUAAACAAGUAUAUGACGAAGUGCUACAUGCAGAAUUUCCUAUCGACUGAGUCUGGUAUUUACUUGUUUGCUGGCGUGUGUGUGUGAGAUAUAGUAGCUCGCGAGCACAUGGAACAUCUCAAGCUGUGUCUUGCCGCGAGCAGUCUUUCUCGCACAUUGCAGUCACUGAAUUACCUAUAUUGCCGCUGGCUAGAAGUGCACGGCAAGACCAAUACAGAGUAUAUACACUGCUCUUCUGUGAACCGUGUACCGAUGGUUGCUACCGAUCCGCCUGAUCUGGUGUAUCUGCGGUGUAACUGUAGCUCUACUCUCGCAAUUGUGGAUGAUGGGUGUCACGCUGUGCCCCUUGAGCGUCUGCUAUCUUCAUCUGCAAGCACACAUCAACCAGUCACGCAUGAUCCACGAGCACUGUACUGAGGUGAGAUCUUCAUCUAUCUACCGUCUACACACACCACAGUCCACGGGUAUCACUCGCCAGCGCCG